AUGGAGACAGUAACAGAUUUCCCCCAGGACCCUGACUCCGAGGGACACUUCCAGUUCUGUGUCAUCGUGCUGGGGGACACAGCCGUGGGCAAGUCCUCACUCCUGCACUGCUUUGCUCAUGGGCCAGGUGGGGGUCCUGCUGGGGCAGCCACCACUAGCCCCACCGUCGGUGUCGAGUUCUACAGCUGGACUAUCCUGAUGCCACCCAUUGUCAAGGCCAAGCUGCAGCUCUGGGACAUGGCUGGUCAGGAGCGGUUCAGCUGCAUCACCAGGUCCUUCUAUCAGAGUGCAGCGGGGGUGCUGCUGGUGUUUGACCUCACCAACUGGUCAUCUUUUGAGCACAUUCCUGAGUGGUAUCAUGAGGCUGGGGGGGACCAGCUGCCUGCCUUUGUCCUGGUGGGACACAAGUGUGACCUGGUGGCUGAGCAAGCCGUGUCAGCAGAGGAAGCUGGACACCUCGCUGCCACUGGCAUGGUCUUUGUGGAGACCUCGGCCUUCAGCAACCUCAACGUGAAGUUGGCCUUCCAGACACUGGCUGGGGGUAUCCAGCAGGCACUGGGCAGGGGAAUCCUUGCCCCACACCAGGGAUAUGAUGGCGUCAGGCUCUGCCCCAACCAGAGUCAUGGGACCCCAAAUUGUGGGGAUGCUUCUCUCUCCACCCAGCACCUGCAGCCCUUAGGUGAUUAUGGGGCUGGGUCUCCCACCUGGGCUUGGGUUUAUUUCAAACCUUAA